CUUGCUUUCAAUCACGUCGCGGCGAGGAGGAGUUAGCACACCUGCGGGAAGUUAAAUCCAUUACAAUUCAGCGGGUCUGCAUCUACGUGUCAGCACCUGAAACAGUGUUCGGGCUUUGGAUGGUGUUUUAGCCCCACAGAUAGUGCCGUCGUUUGACUUCUGUCUUUAAUAUGAUGGGGGUGAUUGACGAUCUCAGCGCUAUGCCGGACACCGGUUUUGGAUGCCCCGUGACGAACCGUUUCGACCAGCUUCUGGACGACGAGGCUGACCCGUUUGAAAUCCUUCGCCAGGCCAAGGCUGAGAAACAGAAGAAGAAAAAAGAAGAGCGGAAGAAAGCUGACCCGGCGAAGACGGGAAAAAAGGAAUCUCAAAAAGAGAGAAAGGUUCCUUUAAGCGAGGGAGGUCCGAAGGCCCCCGUUCGUGUGGCCCCUAGCGAGGACCGCGGGGAGAAACGCGUGGUGUUCCGGGAACGCCGAUACGAGACGGACGCUCCUCUGGAGUACUCCAUCGUGAAGCCCGAGGAGCAGGGGGACUAUGGCUCCAGGGGUGGUCGGGGGAGAUUGCGGGGGCGGGGGGGCAGAGGUGCGGGUUAUCCCCGGGGUACAGAGGCUACUGACCCCCGACGCAAGAGGGAGUUCGACCGCCACAGCGGAAGUGUGAAAACAGGGGUUCGGCCAGAGGAGAAGAGGGGGGGAAAUGGGUCUCAUAACUGGGGCUCCAUGAAGGACCAGAUGAGUGCUGUGAUGGAUGGGAUCCCUAAUGAAGAUGUCGGAGACGCAGAGGGAGUGCAGGAGGUCAAGGGGGAGCUCCGGGUGACAGACGCGGAGGCGGCCAAAAAGAAGGCUGCUGCGCUGAUGUCUCUGGACGAGUGGAAGGCUCUGCAGCAGCAGAGUCGACCCAAGAUGGAGCUGAACCUGCGCCGGGCCGACACCAACGUGCCGUCAAAAGCCGUGGUCAUUCACCAGUCCAAGCACCUGGAGGACGUGAAUACUGAACCGGUCGAGGAGGACGAUGCUCACUACUUCCGCCGACCCGCCAAUGACAUCACCUCCCGCCUGGACAUCAACUUCGGCUGCCUGGAGCGCCCCAUGCAGGGGGCUAGGGGGGGCCGAGGCGGGCACGGCAGGGGGGCCCCCGGCCCCCACCCAGAGCCUGACCCUGAGCCGCAGCCUGAGGUGGCUCCGCCUCCUCCUCAUCCUCAAGCUCCGGCGCCCAAUCCCGACGACCCAGAGGACUUCCCCGCCCUCACUCAGGUCACCUGAUCGCACCUGAUUGGACUGUUUCUAAGGGGCGUUAACACUCUGAUUAUUGAGCCAUUUUGGCACCUUAGCCUUAACUGCAAUUUAAAACAUACAGGUUUUGUUCAUAACUGCCAGCUUUGAUUUUCAUCAGAAAUGACAUCUGUGCUGUGUGUGGCCAGAGCUGAAUGUUAUGAAUUUUGCCUGUGGAAAAAAAUAAAAAAAUGGCAUAGCAGAA